AUGGAUAGUACUUUGAUUCAAAUAAACUAUGAACAACAACAACAACAACAUUAUUUAUUAUUUGAGUAUGCAAAAACAGUGAUAUUAAACAUGUUUGAUUCAUUCAAAGAUCAUGGAUUUUUAAGCGUAAGCGAAAAAGCUGAUCGUGAAACAUUAAAUACAAUUGAAGAUUGUUAUUAUAUCGAAAAUAAUUUCGAUCCUAAAGAAUAUGAACUUCAAAAAUUACUUUCAUCACAAAAUGGUAAUCCAUUUUUAAAUCUUUCUGAUGUAAUAGCACGUCGAGAUCGUCUUGAUACUCAAUUAACAGCUGUAUCAAAACGUGUAUCGAAAUUAGUUCUUGAAAAUAGUUCAUCAUAUACGGCAGAAUUACAACGUGUUACUGUAUUAACAAGUGCAUUAGAAGGUUCAAUUGAAACAUGUCAUACAGCACGAAGAAAUCUUCGUCGUGCACAAUGUCAAAUAACAACACGAAAUUUAGGUUUAAUUAGAAAUGCAAUGCGUA